AUGCCGAGGCCGUUGGGAGUAAAAGCUGGUAAGAAAAGGAAGAAGAGAGAGGAAAAAUAUGAUAAAGAGGAGGAUGAGCAAGUAGAAAUGGUACAAGAGGAUGUACCAGCUGCUACCACUAUUGAGGAAACAACUGAAGAUGAUAAGGUAGCGGAAGAUUUGGCCGAUGAUAUCCCCGGCAUUCCGAUUACUAUUACGAAGCAGAAGAGCCAGCCUGGGGCGGUUUUCGUGCUCGAAAGGGCUUCCCUUGAGGUUGGCAAAGUAGGGAAGGUCUACCAAAUUUUGAAUUCUGAGGACCAUGCCAAUUUUUUGAUGAAGCACAAAAAGAAUCCUGCAGAUUACAGGCUAGACAUUGUUCAUCAGGCUCUUCUGAUGAUUUUGGAUAGCCCCUUGAAUAAGGUUGGGAGGAUUCGAUCUGUGUAUGUUAAAACUGAGAAAGGUGUACUUUUUGAGGUUAAACCUCGCGUUCGUAUUCCAAGAACAUAUAAGCGUUUUGCUGGCAUUAUGUUGCAACUGUUACAGAAGCUGAGCAUAUCUGCUGCUGGCAAACGAGAUAAACUUUUUCGUGUGGAUAAAAAUCCUGUAACUCAGUAUCUACCUCUUAAUUCUCGUAAGAUAGGCUUUUCAUUUAGCUCAGAAAAAUUGGUUGACAUUCAAAAAUAUGUGGAUGUUGUUAAAGAUGAUUCCAAUUUUGUGUUUGUGGUAGGUGCUAUGGCUCAUGGAAAGGUUGAUGAUGAGUACUUGAAGACUACAUAUCAAUCUCAGUUUAUCCGAUGA